AGUGACCUCACUGCCUCCUAGCGCGGCGUCCGAUCCUACCGGAAGUGGCCGACGGAGGCCGGUGGAUUCUGCGCUGCGGAGGGCGAGGUGACCUCGGCGCCGCCGCGACCAUGGGCCGCGAGUUUGGGCAUCUGAUGCGGAUGCGGCAUGUGAUCACCUACAGCUUGUCACCCUUCGAGCAGCGCGCCUUCCCGCACUACUUCAGCAAGGGCAUCCCCAACAUGCUGCGCCGCACUCGGGCGUGCAUCCUUCGCGUCGCGCCGCCAUUCGUAGUGUUUUAUCUUGUCUACACAUGGGGAACACAGGAGUUUGAGAAAUCCAAGAGGAAGAAUCCAGCUGCGUAUGAAAAUGACAAAUGAGCAACUCAUCUGGAUAAUAGUUCCUUGUCUCUGAAAGACCCGUCUCUGGGAGAGGAGUCUACAUUUAGUGUCUUGAAGACACAAUAAACUUAUUAUAGGCUGCA